UCCGCCGCAGCAGCUCCGCGUGCAUGUGUCGUCACAUCCGGCGUCACAAAGGCUCUGGAAUAUCGCCGUAGCUUCUCGUUCGUUCGGCUGCGUGUGUAUUUAAGCGCGUGCUUCCCGCUCCUCGCGCUCUCUCGGUCUGUCAUGACAUUACAAAACACAUCCGCGUUCACGUCCACGUCCACGUACGCGUAAGCUCCGGGAGCGUACACCGCAUAUCAACAGGUGUGUUUGUGUGUGUAUCGGCGGAGGAGAGCGGGCACUCGGGCCCGUCGUCAUGCUGUGCUGGGGAAACGCCUCGUACGGGCAGCUAGGUUUGGGUGGGAUCGAUGAGGAGAUAGUGCUGGAGCCGAGGAAGUGCGAGUUCUUCGAGGGCAAGCGUGUGCGGGGUGUGGGAUGCGGCAGACGUCAUAGCGUCUUCCUGCUGGAGGACGGGACGGUGUACACCUGCGGCUGCAACGACCUGGGACAGCUGGGGCAUGACAAAGCACGCAAGAAACCAGAACAGGUCAUGUCUCUGGAUGCUCAGAACAUUGUGGCGGUGUGCUGCGGUGAAGCUCACACUCUGGCUCUGAAUGAUAAAGGACAAGUUUUUGCAUGGGGCCUGGGCUCAGACGGGCAACUCGGCCUUUCAAACGUUGAAGAUUGUAUCCGUAUACCCAGGACCGUCAAAAGUUUAUCAGAGGUUCACGUUGCUCAGGUGGCCUGUGGAUACUGCCAUUCCCUCGCUUUAGCCCGAGGAGGUCAGAUAUUCUCCUGGGGCCAAAACAAAUACGGACAGCUGGGGCUCGGGAUGCACGGAGCCUGCGUCUCUUCCCCACAAGUCAUUCAGUCUUUGCAGGGCGUCCCAUUCGCCCAGAUCUCCGCAGGGGGUGCUCACAGCUUCGGGCUCACGCUGUCUGGGGCCGUUUUCGGCUGGGGGAGAAACAAGUUUGGCCAGCUGGGCCUCAGCGACAACGACGAUCGCUGUUUCCCUGCCUUGCUGAAGACGCUCAGGUCCCAGCGGGUGGUUUACGUAGGCUGUGGAGAGGACCACACGGCUGUACUGACAAAGGAGGGAGGUGUAUUUACAUUUGGAGCGGGUGGUUACGGUCAGCUGGGACACAACACCACAAACCACGAGGUGAACCCCAGGAAGGUGUUUGAACUCAUGGGCAAUGUGGUUGCACAGAUAGCUUGUGGUAGGCAGCACACUUUGGCGUUCAUCCCUUUAUCAGGAAAGAUUGACUCGUUCGGUCUGGGUGGUAAUGGACAGCUAGGAACCCGCUCGACCUGCAACAGGAUAAGUCCCGCCCCUGUGAAGGGCUGCUGGAGAGCACAUACUGAUCCUGUGCCUAUGGAAGGAGAGGCCGAGCAGAGUUUCUGUGUGAAGAGGAUCUACGCUGGAGGAGACCAGAGCUUCGCUCACUACGCUUUACCUCAGGACGACAGCCCUGCCGUUGAUCUGAGGAUAACCAGACCUGAUGGACAGAUAUACACACUCAGUGAAGACCUCAUCCAAAAAUGGCUCAAUCACGGCCAUGGGAGACUGUCACCGGAAAUCACCAAUGAGAUCGAUCUUGUGUUCUCUUCAGCAAGUUGUCUCAACGGAAGCUUUCUGUCUGGAAGUAAUCCAGAUCACUACAGCACUAACAGUAAGUGCUCAGGCGUAGACAUUAACACGGCUCGCCUGCUCUACCACAGACUCAUCCGGCCAGAUUACCCACAAAUCGCACAAAUCGUAGCUGCUAGUUUGGAGAAGAACCUCCUCCCCAGACUGAGCAGCUCUCCUCCAGACAUUGAGGCUCUGAGACUGUACCUCACGCUGCCCGAGUGUCCGCUCCUCAGCAACCCCAACAACUACACCACCCUCACCAUUCCCUUCGCCAAGGCCGCCGUGAGCCUGAAGGACGCCCCCAUCAGAGUGCUCGGAAACUGGUGGUCAAAGUUGGAGCCAGCGGUCUUCCAGAGGCUGGUGGAGCUGUACAAGGAGGUGGUGGUGUAUCUUCUUCGCAUGCAGAAACUGGGAAUCCCCCUUUCUGAGCAGAGGAUCUUCACCUGCUUCCUGCACACCUCGCUCAAGUUUUUGGAGAUCCUGCACUCGGUUAAUGAGCGUGCCGGCCAGAUCAUCCAGUAUGACAAGUUUUAUAUUCAUGAGCUGGAUGAGCUCAUCGACGUCAGGAAUGAUUACGUCACCUGGUUUCAGCAGCAGAUGUUCUCUGUGGUCAUGGACUCUCAGGUGACCAUGUGCAAAUACCCGUUUGUUUUUGACGCUCAGGCAAAGACGGCGCUGCUUCAGACCGAUGCUGUGAUCCAGAUGCAGAUGGCGGUGGAUCAGGCUCAGAGACAGAACUUGCACUCUCUGUUCCUGUCCGGCGGAGGAGUGGAGUCUGUGAACCCCUGCCUCAUCCUCAUCGCACGGCGAGAAAAUGUGGUCGGAGACUCCAUGGAGGUGCUGAGGAAGUCCAAAAACGUUGAUUACAAGAAGCCUCUUAAGGUCAUCUUCGUCGGAGAGGAGGCCGCAGACGCUGGCGGUGUGAGGAAAGAGUUCUUCCUGCUCAUCAUGAAAGAACUCCUGGAUCCUAAAUAUGGGAUGUUCAGAUAUUACGAGGAGUCCAGACUCAUCUGGUUUGCUCACAAGACGUUUGAAGACAUAGAUCUGUUUCAUCUGAUCGGUGUGGUUUGUGGAUUGGCCAUCUAUAACCUCACUAUAGUGGAGCUGAACUUCCCAUUAGCCCUGUACAAGAAACUCCUGAAGAGAACUCCCACUCUAGAGGACCUAAAGGAGCUCAUGCCUGAUGUAGGAAGGAGUCUUCAGCAGCUGCUGGAUUAUACGGAGGAUGAUCUGGAAGACGCUUUCUGCCUGAACUUCACAAUCACCGAGGAAAUUUUUGGCACCACUGAGGUACUGGAACUGGUUCCCAACGGGACAGACAUCAGCGUCAACAAGUCCAACCGGCAGGAGUUUGUCAAUGCCUACGUCGAUUAUAUAUUCAACACCUCCGUGGCUCCUCAGUUCAGCGCUUUCCACGCGGGCUUUCACAAAGUGUGCGGAGGGAAGGUUCUCGAGCUUUUCCAGCCCAGCGAGCUGCAGGCCAUGGUCAUAGGAAACACCAAUUACGACUGGAAGGAGUUGGAGAAGAGCACAGAGUAUAAGGGCGAGUACUGGGCCGAUCACCCCACCAUCAAGAUAUUCUGGGAAGUGUUUCACGAGCUGCCUUUGGAGAAGAAGAAACAGUUCCUGUUGUUCCUCACGGGCAGCGACCGGAUCCCCAUCCUGGGCAUGAAGAGCCUGGCGUUAGUGAUCCAGCCCACCGGCGGAGGAGAGCAGUACUUCCCUGUAGCGCACACAUGCUUCAACCUGCUGGACCUGCCCAAGUACUCGAAUAAGGAGACGCUCAAAGAGAAACUGCUGCACGCCAUCGAACACAACCAGGGCUUCAACCUCGUGUGACGCACAGGUACCACACGCUCCAGCCUGCGGGGCUCGGUGUGUGACUGCUGCCUUCUGAACCCUUUUCAAAAUUAGCGUAGAAAUGUUGUUUAUGCGUCUGAAUGAUCAUCGGUUACAAGUCGAAUGAAAGCGCUUAUCUGCGAAUACAGUGUCCCAGUGGGACUGAAAUAUGUGAACAGUAUUUGUGUAUCAGAUUUUUGUUACUUACUCAAAGUUUGGGUGAUGCUGAGCAUUAAACAACAACUUCAUUUUAUUCCUAUCUUUUUUUCUUUCUUUUUUUUUUUGCAGGAAUAGUGCACCUUAAAAUGUAGCGUAAAUUGAGUUUUUCUUCAUCGGCGUCUCAGCAAUGGAUGUGAAUGGGUGCCGUCAGAAUCCAAACAGCUGAUUUAAACACGUCGCAAUAAUCCGCAGCACUCCAGUCCAUCAGUUAACAUCUGGAGAAGACUAAAGAUGAAACGAAUCCAGGUGUUUUUAACUGAAAUUAUUAUGGAGUCCGCAAUCCAUAACAAAGAGUGUCCCGUUGUCUCACGGACAUCGAAUCAGUUGCGUCUCCUCCUCAAGACGUUAACCGAUGGACUCUCAUUCUGACGGCACCCAUUCGCAUCCAUUACUCAGACACCGGUGCAAACGCAUUUCUCCGCAUCUGAUGAAGAAACGAACUCUUCCAGAUCUCGGAUGAGGACGUUUUUCGGCUAAUAUUCAUUUCUGUAACCUUUUAAACGCACUACAGUAAGGUUCUGUACGUUUAACAUAAGCAUAACGAACGACUACAUUUUACAGAAUUUAUUACAUUUAUAAAUCAUACCAUUAAACCAUAAAUGAAUAACGUGAAUGUUAUAAUUACUCAUUCAAAAUGCAUGAACUACUGUUACAUUGCUAUUAAAAUUUAUAUGUAAAAAUUACACUGGAAUUAAUGCUAUGGUUUAUUGUUAAUGAUGACGGUAUUAACUAAUGUUAGCAUAUACAAUCUUCUUUUAUAGUGUUAACUGAGACUUGGAAUUACUUUUUUUUUUUUUUUUUUUUUUUUUCAUUUUCAUUACAUAGAAUAUGAUUUUUAUUCUAAAUGACUUCAAGGAAAUGCCUCACUUUUUUAAAAACGUUUCGGCGUAUUGUUCAGAUUCACUUCAGAGGAAGCGGAUGGAUACUGAUGCAGAAUCGUUUCGUUCGGAGGAGGACCGCUUCUGUGUCGUGUGCCUUAACUGAAAACACACAUGAAUAGAUCGUUUUGGCCUCUUUUUUUUUUUUUAGCUUCAAGUUUUGAGUAAGUAUCAAAAUCUGAAGAACGUGUCUUAAUGAAGUUGGUGUACUGGAGUGGCAGUGCAAAGUCUUACGGUUGCUGAGAAGUUUGCAUGAUCACGGGUCAAAUAUAACGCCAAUGAUAGCAUUCUGAGUAAUAAUUUAUGUCCAAUAGAAAUAAGUAAGCUUGAUGAUUGGAGUCGACACACACGUGUUUCUACUGUGUGAGCUUCUAGUUGCUGUGCCAUUUGUGUGAGUGAUGAGAGAAGCAACCAAACAUGACAUUUUUUCUGUGUUUGUAAAUUGUAAAUAAACACCUUUUUUUCUA